CCCUCGGCCCGCCCCGGGCCCCGCCGCCGCCGCCGCCCCUGGCUCUGCGCUGCCCGCCGCCCGCCUUCGCCAUGGCCUUCGCCACCCGCCGCUUCGUGCGCGCCGCCUCCUCCGCCGCCGCCACGGCGGCCGCCAAGAAGCUGAUCGUUAAGCACGUGACGGUCAUCGGCGGCGGCCUCAUGGGCGCCGGCAUCGCCCAGGUUGCAGCAGCCAGUGGUCAUACUGUGGUGUUAGUAGACCAGUCAGAUGAAAUCCUUACAAAGUCGACAAAAGGAAUUGAAGAGAGUUUGAAGAGAGUGGCAAAGAAGAAAUUUGCAGAAAAGCCUGAGGCCGGUGCUGAGUUCAUUGAGAAGACCUUAAAGAACCUCACAACAAGCACAGAUGCGGUAGCAGUGGUCCACAGCACGGAUCUGGUGAUAGAAGCCAUUGUGGAGAACCAGGAAAUUAAAAAUGAGCUCUUCAAGAGGCUGGAUAAGUUUGCUCCAGAGCAUACGAUAUUUGCGAGCAACACUUCAUCCUUGCAAAUCACGCAGUUGGCUAACUCGACCACCAGGCAGGACCGAUUUGGUGGUCUCCAUUUCUUCAAUCCUGUGCCUAUGAUGAAGCUUGUGGAGGUCAUCAAGACUCCAAUGACCAGCCAAAAAACUUUUGAAUCACUUGUGGAUUUCAGUAAAGCAGUAGGAAAGAGUCCUGUCAGUUGUAAGGAUACUCCAGGAUUUAUUGUAAACCGCCUCUUGGUGCCAUAUAUGAUGGAAGCUGUUCGACUUUUUGAGAGAGGAGAUGCAUCAAAGGAAGAUAUUGAUGUUGCUAUGAAGCUUGGGGCUGGCUAUCCCAUGGGUCCAUUUGAACUGCUGGACUAUGUUGGGUUGGAUACCAGUAAAUACAUUAUAGAUGGAUGGCAUUCAUUAGAGCCCAACAAUCCUCUUUUUGCUCCCAGCCCACUCCUGAAUAAACUGGUAGAAGAGAAGAAGCUGGGUAAGAAGACUGGAGAAGGAUUUUACAAAUACAAAUGAACUCCAAACCUAUCCCUGUAUGCUAUUCAGCAUUGCCAUAUUACAGGUGAAUUCUGUUUAAACCUUCCCAAGGAUGGCACAAGCUGCAUUUAGAACAUAACCCACCUCUCAACUGAGUGAUUGCACUAGUUAACUAUUUCUCUGCUGAAAGCUUGAUUUAGUAGAUUUUUUUCUUGUAAUUCUGAAAAGCUUUAUAUGUACAGUGCCUUCAUGCAGAUGUUGAUUUUUCAGGUGCAGGACAGAAUGACAAGUGAAUUUCUGUAUUUGAAACAUUAUUAUAUUAACGGGAAAAAUCCUAAAAAUAACCGUACUUUCUUAAAAUUAAAAUUUUCAACAAUACUCUA